UAAUAUAAUAUAUAAUAAAAAAAAGAAAACUUGAGAGAUAAAAUAAGAUCUCGAGAUAAUUAUUACGUAAGAUAAUAUUUUGUGGCUAAAAUCGGUUCGCCGGUAGCCACGUGUUUUCUUGACUGAUGUCUCGUUCGUGUAGAAAAAAAGAUCGUCUGAGUGAUCGUGCGUGGAUCGGUAUUAAAUUGACGACGACGACAACAACAACGACAACGAUGGUCAUGUGUUCCUGAUUAUAGGGGAAAAAUUUUUGUUAAAUAUAAGAAAGAUAAAGUAAAAAAAACAAUAAAAUACAAAAGGAAGGAAGGACGUUAUCGUAGAAAGGGUGGAUGGAUGUGAUUUAUACAUAUACACAUGACGAUAAUGUUGCCGAUGAUGUAACCUCCUAUGCUCCUAGCUUUAAGCAGGUGUUAUCGAUCUUUUAGGUAUACGAAAUGACGCGCGACGUAAAAUUGUUAUUAUUGGUGGCAUUGCUUAUGGCGUACGGAUUAUUCGCGGUUGAAUCGAGGUAUCAUCGCGAGGAUAGUGCUCUUUUCGAGCCAAGAAGACAUCGACACAGACACAGGCAUGAAACGUCGAUUAGUAGAAGAAAUUAUCACGAACCGGUAGACAGAAGAUCAUCGUCUGGUUGGUCACGUGAAUUGGAUUACGACGAAUACGACGAUUUAUAUGAGGAUUCUCGACAAGACGAUGAUGAAUACGAUGGUGAUGAUGAUGAUUACGAUGGUAUAAGAUCGUACGAUGAAAGGUUAUAUCCUAGUAGAUCGAGAGGUAAGAAUUAUCAGGAGAGAAUAUACGAGUCGAGAUAUCCGAGACGUCAUCGUGAAAAUUAUUACGGUUGGUAUCACGAUGAAGAGAAACGUCGGAUUCCAUCGAGAUAUAAUUGGAAGAAUCGUCACAGGUCAAGAUUAGAAAGACUAGGUAGAAACCGGCACAGGGGAACAGCGGGAGGAGAAGGUGGAGGAGGAGCAGGUGGAGGCGGGGGUGGAGGAGUUAAUAGUUAUUCGAGAAACCGGGAAGCUUUUCGUGAUGAUUUUAGCGAGGAGAACGACGAGGAGGAUGAGGAAAGGUCAGCGCGACGUUACGAUGACGAUACCACCGGUCCCGAUAAUCAUUAUUCCUCUUCGUCCUAUUUACCCUGGAAAAAUUUCAAAAAACAAAGGAACAAUUGGAGACGAGAUUGGAAAAAUGGCAACAGACAAAGUUCGAUUGGUUAUCGUAACGGAAAGAAAUUUUACGAUGUUGCUGGUAGCAUCGACCUCGAUAGCACGAGGAAGUUCAGACUGGAAGAUCAGAGAAGAAGGAGAACGAACUUGACCGAGAGAAUCUUAGAGGAUUACGUCGAUAAUGAGAAAGAUGAUGAGGAGGAUGAUAUUUGGAAGGAAGCUGAGAAAGAAGAGGAUGAGGAUGACGGGGCUGGAAAUGUUGACGAUGAUCUUGAUGAGGAACUCGAUAACGAUUUUUACAAAAACGAAAAUAAGCCGCCGUUGAACAGUUACGACGAUAUCAUCAGAAGACUAACGUCAGAGGAUCCAAGUACGGCAAAGCCGACGGUUAAAAGGGAUUACAGGAACGUUGGUAUAGAAAAGUAUCCCUUGCGCGUAUCUUACAACAGCAACAACGGCGGAUCCAGAAAUCUUACUCGUCCGAAGGUCGUCGGCUCUUCUUACGUGACCAGCGCGUCCAGUUAUCUUGUAAAUAAAAAGCCGUCUUCUAAGGGAGAGGAGGUGGUCGAUAGGAGAGUCUCGAUGAUCAAGUCCGCGAGUGCAGAGAUCGAACGUAGUAAACCCACGAAGAACGUGAUCAGUGUCGUGGUUAAAGACGAUGACGAGCAUUCUGAAAAAGCCAAGACCAAGAGUCUCGAGCAGGAAUACGAUGAUUAUUUGAACACCGAGGACAACGAAAAGGAGGAGGAUCUCAUAAAGGCCGGCGUUGACGAUGAUUCCGGCAUGCAAUCGGACGUCACUAACACGGAUUACAACGACGACGAAACAGGGGAUAACCACGAGAGUACAAUGAGUACAACGACUACUACCACUACGAGUACAACUACUACUAGCAGUACUACCACAACAACGACCACACCUAAACCCACGCUUACUCAGCACUUUGACUAUAGUGAUUCAAGAGCUUACGACAGUAGUACCGGCACUCAGUACAACGGCUACCAAGCGAAAAACGACUACCCGCCUAUGUCAGCUCACAGUGUCCACAAGUGGCAGUCUCUGGGUACUCGAGAAGGCGUUAAAGAGACCAGAAGCAACAUGCAGCAAUAUAACAAAAACGGCAAGACUGCACAAAUCAAAGAUGCUCUACAAUACGCUAUUAAAGUAUCUAAAGAAGGUAACUGUCAGUGGCCACGUCCAAGAGUUAUUCCGGUUCGCGAUGUCUACCCGAGUCCAUCGACCACCUACAUUCCACACUGCGCCAUCUUGCACAGGUGCUCGGACGAUACCGGAUGUUGCAGAUCGGAAGCACUCACCUGUGUGCCUAAGCGUUCUCAUCGAGUUGAACUAUCCUUUUACAUGACAACCCUAUAUGGUUCAAGCGUGGUAGAAAAAUUAUCAUUUUACAAUCACACGGAAUGUGAAUGUAGAGAAAAAAUGGAUUACGGUAUGUACGAGAAAUCUCACGAACCUAGAUCCUAUCGUCAUCAUCAGCCCUCUUCGCAACCGCAAAAUAUGAGGAGAGCACCGCCAAAAAAAUCGUGCCGAUGUCCUUCAGAAUUUACACCGAAAAUUACACAGGACGGAGAGUGCCAAUGUUAUUGUUACGAACAUAAUCUAAACUGCAUCAAAACGAAACGAGGAAAAGGAUAUUUUUCUUUGAGCGACAGAUUGUGCAUUCAAAAUAACGAAUGUGUGAUACCAAUCUGCGAAUUUGGGGAGUACAUGAGACGAGAAGGUAAAUGUCCUAAAAAAAAGGACAAAUUCGACGCCAUCGCCAAUUUGGGAACAAAUUUCAAUCAUCGAUAUAGAAGUUAGGAAAUAAAUACCACCACAAAACUUGACUUUUGUCAAAUAAGAAGAAACGUAUGAAGAAUUUAAAAAACAAACAAACAAGAAAAGCAGAAAAACGAGGGCAAACGUAAUAAAAAGCGCAAUAAUCCCCCUCCCUGACGGUGCCAUUUACUUUUUCUUAUUAUUUUUUUUUUUUUUGUUUAAUUACUUUUUUAUUUUAUUUCAAGUGCCUUUAACGGAGAGACUUACUAUAAUGAUAUAUAUGUGUAUAUAUAUACAAUAUAUACUAUAUCUCAUAUGCGAUUAUGUAUAAAAUGUAUUACGCCAUUUUUUUGUAGAUGAUAGAAGAGUCGCAUGAUCACGUUCUGAUUAUCGUUUCCUUUCUCUUUCUCUUUCUCUCUCUUUGUUAGCCAGGAAAAAAUUAAAAAAAAAAAAAAAAAAAAACCACGUCGACGAGAUCAAGUAACUACUACUACUACUACUACUCAUCUUUAGAUGAGACACAACUCUAAUGCUGUAUUUACCGUCUGAUCACGCACGCUUCUAUUCUACUUAUAAACGUAACGUGAUUCGUAGAAAGUAGGUCGGAUCGAUUAGAAUCAGCCCGUUCAUAAAACUUUCCUCGGAGUACAUCUUCUAUCACCGUCGAUCAUUUUCAACUUCAAAGGAACUUUAAGAUUAUCUUUUGAACUUAUAAUAUCUUCCUUCAAUGUUGGUGGUUUCCCUUUGAUCAUCUACGAGAAAGUUACAGGACGAUUAUGACGAUAAACGCGUAUGAAUGUAAAA